AUGAAACUGCACUACACUAAAAUAUUAUUAUUUUUCUUUCCAUUAUAUAUAUUGGAACAUAAUCAAAAUAAACCAUACAUUACACAACAUCAUACACCAACUACUACAUCACGAGUGUUAAGCGAAUGUGAUAUACCUACGUCAAAUUAUAAUAAUGAUGAGGAUAUGAAAUCUGUGAAGGAAAAUUUCGAUCGACAAACGUCAAAACGUUUUGAUGAAUACGAAGAACGUAUGAAAGAUAAACGCCAAAAACGUAAAGAAGAACGUGACAAAAAUAUACAAGAAAUUAUUGAAAAAGAUAGGAUGGACAAAUUAUUAGCAGAAAAAGUAGAAAAAGGUUGUCUUAGGUGUGGGUGUGCGUUAGGUGGUGUUGCAGCAAGUGUUGGAUUAUUCGGGGGAUUGGGUAUCUAUGUUUCUAAAAGCGCAGCGUUGGCAACAGCUAUAGCUGAAGGUGCUGAGACCGCUAAAGCUGCCGGUGAAGCUGCACGUAUUCCAGCAGCUAUUGAUGCAGUCAUUAAAGGAAUAGAAACAAAAUUUGGUGUAUCGACUCUAGGUGGUCAGAAAAUGGAAACCUUUUUUAAUACAACACUUUAUACGGAGGUCUCAAAGAUUGCUGAUGCUGUUUAUAAUCAAUAUGCUGCUACAUGUAUAACAUCUGGAAAUGGCGCUCGUGGUCCUAUUUGCACUUUGGCGUGGCAAUAUUCUGAAAGUCGAGGGAAUGUUGUUUCAGCGUAUAAUUCUAUAGAAGUAGCUGUAAAACCUAUCGUCUCACAAGCCGAAACUGUUGCUGAAAGAGCUGUAAAAACGGCUACUGAUGAAGCUAUACAAAGAAGCAUUGGUGUAGUAGAAUCUACAUAUGCUAUUUGUCAGACUGCUAUAAUUGCUUCUGUUGUUGCAAUAAUAAUUAUAGCUUUAGUAAUGAUAAUUAUAUAUUUAGUUUUACGUUAUCGUAGAAAAAAGAAAAUGAAUAAAAAACUACAAUACACAAAAUUGUUAAAUCAAUAA